AUGGCAAAAAAUAAAAAUACACCAAAUAAAAAAUCUAAAGUAGAUAAACAGACACAGCAACAGGUCACAAAAGAAACAAUUGAAGAAAAACCAAUUUACAAAAUUGAUGGUUCCAUUUUAGAGGGUGGUGGUCAAAUUUUAAGAAAUACAGUUGCUUUGUCAUCAUUGUUUGAUAAAGCUAUUUUAAUUGAAAAGAUUAGAUAUAAUAGAGAUCAACCAGGUUUGAAGAAUCAGCAUAAAACAGGUAUUGAUUUAAUGGCGAAAUUGUUUAAAGCUCAUAUUACAGGUUCAAGUGUAGGUUCAACUAGAUUAUACUAUCAACCAACAUUGAGAUCAAUUAAAGACGAUGGCGUUAUUGAAGCCGAUACCAAAACAGCAGGUUCAGUUUGUUUAAUUAUUCAAGUAGCAUUACCAUGCUUAAUUUUUGCACCACAUUCAGUUAAAAUGGUUUUAGGAGGUGGAACUAAUUGUGAUUUUGCACCAGCUGCAGAUUAUAUGGAGAAUGUAUUCCUCCCAAUAGCAACUUCAAUGGGCUUUCAAUGCGAUAUGAAAAUUGAUAAAAAAGGUUUUUAUCCAAAAGGUGGUGGUGCAGUAACCAUCACUACUCAACCAUUAACUGAACCUCUAAAACCAAUAACAAUUGUAAAUAAAGGAAAUGUUAAUAGAAUAGUGAUUCAAGCAUUCUAUACAAGUAGAAUUUCCCCAGUAGUAGCAGAAAGAAUGGUCAAUACCUCAAGAAAACUCAUCAAAAAAGAUUUUAAAAAAGUGGAAAUUGAAACUGAAAUUAUAGAUAUGAGCAAAUAUUCUUUUGGUGAUGGUACCUAUAUAUUCAUUAGAGCAUUCACUGACACUGGUUGUGUUUAUGGUUCAACUGGAAAUGGUGCUAUACGUGUUCCAGCAGAAACAAUUGCAGAGGAUGCAACCAAUUCCUUACUUAAAGAUCUACAAGAUGGUGGUUGCGUUGAUGAAUAUCUUCAAGACCAACUUAUUAUAUUUAUGGCUUUAGCAAAAGGUAAAAGCAUUAUUAAAACUGGUCCAAUUUCAUUACAUACACAAACUUCAAUUCAUUACACCUCAUUAAUGACUGGUGCAACUUUUAAAAUCUCACCAGUUGCCGAACGUUUACCAGGCGAAGAAACUUUUUAUAUCGAGUGUGACGGUAUUGGUUAUCAUCCUUCAAAUGAUAUCGAUAUUAAUCCAACACAACAAAUUACAAAUAAUAAUAAUCAAAAUAAUAAUAAUAAUAAUAAUAAUAGCAAUACAGAGAUAACAACAACAACAACAACAACAACAACAACAGCAAAUACUACAACUACAACUGUACAAUAA